GGACGCGCCUUCGGGAAGGCCACUCUUCCCCGAACUGUCACGAAUCGCGCAAGUCCCCCACUUUCCUCCCCUUCCGAGGCGAACGAGCACGCGUUCCCAACGAGAGCGGGAAAAUCGGCUCUUUUAGUCUAUUUUCUCCCCCUUUUUGUAAUCGUCCCUUUAACGCUAUCAUAGUCUCUCCCCUCCUUUAGAAUCGUUUGUCCUCCAUACUUUCCCUCUCCAAGAAUCGUCAGUGUGCCAUCGAUUCGUUUAAUAGACCCGCUGGUCUGUCUUCGCAGGUUCAAUUUGGUAUCGGCGAACGUGACAGGAAGGAAGAGAUCACCGCCAUUGGCCAGACGAAUUUUUCUUCGAGGCAAACAUCAACGUCUCGAGUUUCGAGUCAUGAAAAUAUAAUUCCAUCGGAAGCAAAUUGAUCGUGAACAUAUUCGAUUCUUCGAUCUGACUUGGUCGUCUCCGUUUCAACUAUCUUCGAGUGUGAUCGAUCGUAAGAAACGAACUAUCAACGAAAUUCGACGAAUUUCUAUCUCUAAUAUGAAACGCGUGAUGUUCGUUUGACUGUUGGAAGGAUCGGUUAUCGAAAUACGAGAUAUCGAGAUACCGAAGAUAUUCUCCGAAGGACAGGUUGUAAUUCAGUUUCUCUAAUGGAUUAACUCGACAAAUAUACAGUAUAUAUAAUCAACUGGACUCUUGGAUAUCCAGGGAUUCAUCGUCGAGGGUCGAAACGCAAACAUGGAAGAGGUGGAUGUUCAGCAAGAGUCGAGGGAUCAAGUGGGCAACUUGAUGUUUUCUCCACCACCGAUGAAAAAAUCCGACACGAGGGAAAGCAUCUCCUCUGUAGACAGCGACGUGAGCCUUUCAUUCGAUCGAAGAGGCUCCAAAGGAGAAGAGGCCGACUUAUCAGACAGUGGAAGUUCUGACAAUGAGAAAAAAGUGAACGAUGCGAUGGAGCAACAGAAGAAUUGCGAUCCAGAUUCGGGAGCAGAUUCUUUGGAAGAAAAUGUCGUUAGAGAUCCAAAGGAUCAGAAACAGCCAACAUCGACCGAAGUAAGUACAACCACUCAAGAUGAUUUUGUUCCACCAAGCGACGAAUUGGCCGAGAAGAUAUGCGCGCAAGUGGAAUUUUACUUCUCCGACGAAAACAUCGUGAAGGAUGCUUUUCUCCUGAAACACGUGAAAAGGAACAAGGAAGGAUACGUAUCUCUGAAGCUUAUCUCGAGUUUCAAACGAGUAAAACAUCUAAGCAGAGAUUGGCGGGUCGUUGGAGCUGCUUUGGCAAAAUCAAAGAAACUUCAAGUAAAUCCACAGGGUACCAAGCUACGAAGAGUCGAUCCUUUGCCACCUUUCGAUCAAACCACCCCAUCGAGGACGAUAUUAGCCGCGAGACUCCCGGUAGAGAAGUUGUCGGUCGAAUCUGUGGCUGAAAUCUUCAGGCCGUGUGGAGAGAUCGCUCUCAUUAGAGUACUUCGACCUGGGCAUCCAGCACCAGCUGAGGUGCGACAAGCAAUCGCCAAAAGGCCAGAAUUGGCAUCGAGCGAGGAGUGCGCCAUGGUCGAGUUCACGGAUUCAGCGUCCGCUCGUACCGCCUUACAAAUGACCUUGGGCGAUGCCAAGGUAUUUGAGCUGCAACAAUCCAGCGACAAGAAGAGGAAACAACAACCAGCAAAGAAAAGUGCCCUGACAAGAUUGACCAAAGAGGAAGCUUACAACUCCUCGAGUUGCGCCAGCGGAUCCGAGACAGAAGAUGGAAGAGCCAGACAUAAGAAACCCAUUCAUGGUUACCCAAUGUAUCACGCUUAUCCGGGCCAUCCGUUCCAAGGACCCCCAUCACCGGAUGCAUGGUUAUCUCGUCGGUUGUCCGCUUGUUCUGUCUCUGGUUCAGAGAACGGAUUCAUUCUGCGUCGCUUGUCUUCCUGUUCCGGUUCAGGCUCCGGUUCCGAAACCGGAAGUUUCGGCAGACGUUACUCCGCUUGCUCUUCCGGUUCUGAGACCGGUUACUGUCACCCAGUUUUCCCGCCGAGUUACUAUUAUCAAGAGAAUCGGCGUUUCUCUUGUUGUUCGAGUUCCGGCUCCGAGUGCAGUGGUGUUUGUUAUCAUUCUAGUCGCCGCGGGUCCGCGGAUUACGGGCCAUUUUUGAGAAGGUUGUCCGCCUGCAGCCGAGAUUCAGCCUUUGACGCAGGUUCCAGGAGGCUGUCUCUAUGCUCUUCCGGUUCUGAGCAGGGUAGCUAUUGUCGGCCCAGAAGCAACAGUGGUAUUGCGUUGACACAUCUUCCAGAGAAUGUGACGAGAAUGCCGUCUGGACCAGAUGGAACGCGUGGAUUUGGCCGACCACCCAAAAUGAACGCCAUGCCACCGCCAAUGGAACCCACCUGUUAGACGUCAAUUACUCUCGAGAAUUUCUAUCGUAGAUAGACCGUUACAUAUAUUCGUUGUUUCUUGCUCUUUUUUUGAAUGACCAGCUCUGUGUUUUUCAAUAGAUUAAACAAGAGAUAUAUUUACAUACACGUAUAUGUUUUUUAACGACUUUUAUACAAGAGAUCUCUGGAGUACAAUCAAUCGUUUACUUGAAAUUAAGUAAAGUAAUUGAUGAUGUACAAAUACGUUGGUUAAUGUACAAGUGUAUUUACCAUGGUUUAAUGUAUUUUGUUAGUUGUAUAUAUAUUACUGGAUGACGUUAUUUGCAUUUAUAGACGGAUUGCAUAUUUUUCAUAUAUGUAUUGUUUUUGAUAUAGCAUUAGAGAGUUUUAACAAAAAUUGUCAUUUAAAGCGAUCUACAUCUUAUAUAUGUAUGACAGAUUUAAUGCCCUCUUUGAAAUUCAUAAUUCCAUUCCAUCUUACGAAAUGAUUUCGAACUCUUAUAAAGGCUGCCUAUAACCGCCGAAAAUGAGUAUGUUUAAAGAUAUUUAUGUGAACUCUAUUUGUCUGGAUUACAUAUUAUAUUAUUGAUAAGAGGUCUGUGUCUAGAGAAUAUGUAAAUAAUAGUAUUACAACAAUAAUGUUAUUUGUGAUAAGCGUCGAUUUUACUGUAAGGGUACGUGAAAGUUGUAUGAAGCCUUACAUAAAAAUGUUCGAUCUGAGGUUCUGUGAUAUUGACGAAUAAUGUACAGACUUCGAACCCGCGAGUAAGUAGAAUAUACCUGUGUUAGACAGACGCGUUCUUAUACUGUUCGUGAUACUCAAUCAGCAAUGCAUCUGAAUCUGAUUAUUUAAGAGUAUUAUAAGAAUAUUCAUGAUAAAUGUUAAUUAUGUAAACAUUCUAGAACAAAUAUAUUGGUACAACAAUUUUUCAGUUGUA